AUGGCAACUCGAUCGGCUGGUACACCCGCUGAGGCAGCGGCGUCGCCUUCGACACAGUCGUCGUCCUCUCGCCAGGACUCGCCAGCUGCUCUCAACCUGCCAGCCGUAGCAUAUCAACCUCUACCACCAUCAUGGAGACCACUCAUGCAUCCAGGAUCUCAGGCUCUGUCUGUUCCAGAUUUCUACCCGCCCAAAGCCGGCCAGAUCGAGGAAGACAUGAGCGAGGUCCACGUCAAGCACGGCAUACAAGCAAAGCAAGCAGUCAGCAAUGAGGGCUUUUCCGCACACGGCCUCAUCCUCGGCCUCCUGCCCACCCUCAUUCCAGCCCUGAACACCGUCUUUGGCGAAACGCUUCAGCGCCGGGACUACUUUGCCUCCCUGCCUUCGGUCAAGCAUCACACCUUUCGCCCACCGCCUCGCGUCACGCUCAACGAAGCUAAGCUAAAUGCUUACGUGAGAGAUCUUGCAGACUCGAGCGUACCUCUUUCGCGCCUGGCCAAGAACAUCCCUCAUGGCUUUCGAGGAGAGAGGAUAUUGGAGAUGCUCUGGCUAGGCGUCAAUCCAUCGCAGCCUACUUCUUCGCAAGGGUCCAGCGCCGCUCGUCAACCAGCGUCACCUACCAUGACGCCUCAGCCACACAGUGUCGAGAUUUCUCGCGCUCUCUGGUUCAUUCAAUGCGUCGGAGCAAGUGACAUUCUAGCCCGUAGUCGAAGCGCAGCAACUGCGUCGUCCUCCUCGUACUCGGUCGAUUUCACCAAUAGUUGCACUUCGUGGCUCAAAAAGCAGCUAGCUGAGCUAACGGAUCCAGUGGAGAACGGCGAAGCAGGGGCGGUGGCGACGACUGCCCCUUCAACGCCGGCAGCGACGCCGACGGCUAAGCCUCCGACGAGCGCUAACGCUACCCGCCCUCCGUCCUCCGCACUCGCCGACGAGCAAACUCGCGCUCGUUGGGCUGCAAAAUGGAGGUACUCUGUGCUUCUGAUGAGUACUCUGCUGGCGAACAAUCUACUCGACAGACGACAGUGGGUUGCCUUCAUCGUCGAUGCCUUCUCCUCUGCGACGCUUGCCCAGCUCGCAAUCGUCUUGACUCUCGUCGAGGAUUGGCUGGAUGAUGCAUUCGAGAACGAUGCCUUUGCCCGCCAUCUCGUCGACUCGCUCAGCUCUAUCCUAAGCAAGACUGCUCGCCAUUCGCCAGAGAGCUUCGUCUCUUUCAACUUGUGGCAUCGACACCGUGCGCUUCUCCUCAGCGAGCUUGGCGCAGACCUGUCGAUGCGGCGCACACUUGACAUUGCUCAGGAGCGCAGCGCCGCCCUCUUCUUCGACCACAGCCCCUCCUCGCCGCCGCCGCCGGCACCCCUUCACCUCCUCAUGCGGCACCUCGACGAAUUCAAUGGCGACCCAUCAGCAAUCGAAAUGCUCUUUCGUCAAGUCAUGAUCAGCGUCGAAGCCGUCGUUCGCCCGCGUUCAACAAUCCACGCCCUACUCAACUGGGCGACCGCCACUUCCCGUCCGCCCAGCCCCUGGCGACCUGCCUUGAUCGCCCGCCUCCUCCAACUCCUCUCUAACCGCCAAGAAAAAGAGAAGCGUGCACGUAAGAAAGCGAGACGCAGUGACGGAUCCACCGCGACCACGUCAACUGCUAGCAGCGCCUCAAGCUUCGACCUGACGCAAUGUCUCAUCGCCUGGCUGGAAGAUCUUGACGAGCUGGACGAAUCCGCCCGUCCUGUUCACUUCGAGGAGAUAGUCGCCCUCUUCUCGCAGCUGACUGAGCUGGGAUUGUUCUCCUAUCCGAGGUUCUUACAUAGACUUACAGCUAGAGGGCUGGCGUUCAGCUCGACCACGACUCCCAACGACGUCUCGCCGGCCCCCGCCCUUGGUUCGCGCGCUGCCUCCAGCUUGCAGGUGAGGCUCCUUCGAGCCAUCCCGGUGCCGUCGGGAUCCGUCAGCCUAGUUCAUCAGAGGCGCUUGGCAAUCUACGGCGCUAGAGCAAAGGAAACGCGUGAGGAGGCUACGCAUCGCAGGGCUUUGCGCGAGUUGGGGAGCGUAUUCGCGUUCCUCUCUGAUGGAAGUGGCGCUCGAGACGGUGGCAGGAUGACGAGGGCAGAGAUGCUGUCCGCUCUGCCGCAUCUCUGGCAGGCGAACCGCUUUACUCUGAGCAAUCUGCUUGGAGUCCAUCUCCUGCCUUCGGCUCUACAGUGGGUCAGCAGCGCAUCAGUGCUCGAUAUUGAGCAGACGGCCUUGCUCCUCUCUGUGAUGGAAGAGGCACAGCAUUGGGGUCAUGUGGUGGAGCUGAUGAGCGCCGUCCUGCAGCGAUUGACGGAUGGAUCGCAGACCAUCCUGACCGUCGUCGCUCAAAUCAAGCUCGUACGAGCGAUGCUUGAUUGUCACGCAAAGAUCUGGGCGACCCGACGACCGUACGCCGGCUUGGCGACGAGGUUGGCAGCUCUGGAUAGCACGCUCUCCAAGUCAGAAGAGAGAGCACCGCUGCCUGCCGCGGCAUUGCAGGCGUUCACCAGCACGGGAGACUUGACGGUGUUGCAGCUGAUCAUCGAGCGGAUCGAAGGGCAGGCCGUGCAGCACGACGCAGGCAGUCCAGCGGCGCCUGACGCGAUCGCCGCGUUCGAAGCCUUUCUUCGCUGCGCCGUGGAGAGCAACGCCGAGGCAACACUACUUGAGGCCAAAGACAGGCUCUUGCGGUCGACGUUCAGCUCAGCAUCGCGGACUAGGCUCGAUGCAAGUUUGCGAGGAUGGACCUCGCCGAUAGCUCAGCCGAACGUCGACUUGGUGGCGUCGACGCUCUCGCAGCUCUGCACACGAGGCUGCCUCUCGACGCAAGAACUCGUCGAUACGCUCGUGCUACCAGGUUUCGCGGUUGCGGCGGUCAGAGACCUGGAUGAGCGGGCACAGGACGACGAUGCGACAAUAAGACUUGCUCUUGGCAUAUCGUUGCUACGCUUCCUCUACUCCAGAGAUGAGGCAAGCCCUUCAAGUCGUACUCUCAGCCAAGAUAUCCUCCUACGCGCAGUGCUUUGCCAAACUGAGCCGGCUAGCUUGCUUCGUGUCGCCGUCUACGUAGCCGGCCUUGCCAGCUUUUCGAGUACGGCAAUCUCGCCCGCAGUAUCUGCAGACGACGCCACAGCUAUCCUUACGGCCGUCUGCUCGCAAGACAGUCUGCGAGACCUCAUCAUCGCCCAGCCAUCUGUGCUGCGAGACCAAGUCCAUGCGACAUUGCCCUUCGAGCAGCGACUUGAGGCCCUGUCUCUACUCCUUCGCACCGUACGCGAUGAGGCAAUGCCUUCUUCUCUCCUCGGUCAAGACCCCCUCAAGGUGGAAGUUUCUUCUCUCACCGCCGCAGCGACAUCGCAGCCUCUAGACAUCGCCUUCCUGGUCGAAGAGCUUGGCAUUGUCCUUGCUCGUUUGACUUCACAGAUUGACAGCGACACGAGCAAAGAGCGUGAAGUGGACGAUAAGGUUCAAGAGCUUGCUUCAGCUCUGUUGCAGCCCCUGUUCCUCGUAGAUGGCGCUGCGAGCUUGCCCCACGGCCUGCGACUCUGGCAAAUCGGAGGUAACCGGCUCCAAACAGCUAUUGUGGACAUGGGGCUGCGAGCGGCUGCGGCCAGUCUCAGCAAUGGCAGCAAGGGCGCUGCUGCUGCUGAUGAUCAUGGAGAGACGCGAGCGGUCCUGUCUCUGCAAGCCAUCCUGGCCAUGUUCAAGAUGCUCCUGCUCGACGCCUGCGAGGGACAGAGAUUGCCGGCUACUAGCGCAGAAUCGGCGGAGGAUCUCUUUGACCGUGUGUGUUUCGGGCUCGGCAGCAUCAGUGCACCGCUCAACAAGAAGUCGUGGACCGAGUCAGCCCCCAUCACUACCCUCUUGCAGCUCCUCGUCCUUGCCAGUCGCUCCUCAGCCUUCUGGUCCAGCAGCAAGAUCAGGUCCAAGCUGCCCCACCUCAUCGCCAUUACCCUCACGCAACAACGUCUCUACUCGCUCGCCCUCACUGCCCAGCCUGGAACCGCAGAAGAAGACGAGUAUCUUCAGCUGCGGGACGUUGUCGUCUACCUACAAGUCGAGAUGCCCGCCGAUAUGCUGGGCUCGGUCUCGGCUCUCAUGCAACAACAAGCAGCUGAGCCACCCGGCCCUAGCUUUGCGGAUCGAUUCAACCUUGCGUCAGAGGCCGAGGCUCGCAACUCAUUGUGGUCGAGCCGCGUUGAGCAGAUGCGUCGCUUACUCCCCUCUUCACCUGCAAGCAAGUCAAGCGCCACGGCCGACUUGAUCGUCGCUCCGUCGCUGCAGGCUGCGCUGGAGCGCGGCGAGUGGAGUCCGGCUCCCGAUAAGCCUUGGAGCUGGACGAUGCCGCUGGAAAGCGUUGCUACAGAGUCAGGCUCUGCGGCCAGCCCCAUUUCUCGUCCGGGCGUUCUUCCUCUGCAAACAUCGACAUCCACGCCCGCCGUCCUCGGGCCCUACGCAUCCGUCCACGCCAAGUAUUCACACCCUCUCACCUUGCCGCCAUUGGCUAAUCACCUGUCCCUCCCCCUCUCUCUGUUCCAACCUCGCCGCACGACCGACACGCCCAGCGACCCCGCUGCCGAUCAUCGUACGCUUGACGCCGUGCGGCGCGGGGUGACGAGUGCAGGCGAUGAGGCCGAUGAGGGAUGGAGGGCAUUGCGGAGUGAGAGGGGGGAGGAGGACUGGCGCGAGGAGUAUGGAGAUUUGGAUGAGCGGUUGCGCCGUGCGGAUGAGGAAGAAAAGGGCGACACGCCCGACGCUGAUGCGAGGACGGAGGAAGAGAGUAGGAUGGCCAGCCUCUCUCGCUUUGUCGGUCUACCCAAUGGCCCAGUGAGGACACUGGAUGCCUUUCUCACCGCACAAAGGCAGCGUAUGGCUUCGAGCGGCGCAAAUCAAGGAGCAGCGUCAUCGAGUGGCGGAAGCUCGGCCGCGGCGGCGACGACUACGGCGCCCGCUGCUGGGACGACCAAGAAACGAGCUCGAGCGGGCAGUACAGCGAGCAAUGCAUCGUCAGCGGGAGGCGGACGAGGUGGCAAGGGCGAUGCAGCGAAUGAAGGGGAUGGAAGCAAAGUCGCAGCGCCUGCCAGGAAGCGAAAGAAUUCGACGUCGAGUGCUGCAGGCGGUGGCAGGAAGAGGCGCAACAGCUCAGCGAGUGCUAGUGGCGAGGGCGAGGCCGGCGGGGCAGAAGGUGCGGGUCGGGGUCGGGGAAGAGGGAGGGGUGGUGCUGGCGCUGGAGGGAAGAAGCGGGGUGGAUGA